AUGUCUGGUCAAUCACCAAUCCCUAUCAUCCUUUGCGGAAAGACCGAGUUUAUUGGUCAGAGAGUCAUUGAGGCAUUGAAACCUGAGAUUGAAGUUGUCCACUUCAUUCUUCCUGGAGAGUCAGGGAAGCUGAUCAUCCCCGAACUCCUCCGCGGCAACCCUCCACCCUCUCACCCCGACACGAGCAAGCUUGGGUCAGGAAAUUACACGCGAAUUCCCGAGGCAGUGGUAUUAGGUGGCGCGUUCGAGGAAACAGAUAUAAAAGCAUUGCGCAAUGCUGUGAAGGCUGUGGAUGGGACGCACGGUGUGGCAUGGGUUCGUCAGGAUAGUACCCAGCCUGCACCUCCAGUUACAUCGCCUGAGUACCCCAAGCUUAUGACGAAAAGGACAAAAGAGUCAAUCAUUCGGCUGCACAAAGACGCCAAGUUGGACGGAACACAUGAUAGGAUCGAGUGGUAUUGA